CAGCAGGUAUUUAAAGGCUGCCACUGCCCACGCCCAUUCAGUCCGGCCAGGACGGCGACGGUGAAGCACCUGGGUUGAGAGGGAGGAGCAAGGUAACACGCAAGCGAUCCCUGCCUCUCCCGUCCCCAGCCCAAGCCUCGUGUGAGGCGGGUGUGUGAGGGACCCGGGAGUGGUUCUCACAGCUCAUCGCCCACCACCACCUUCCUCCCCCACCAUCCUUACCCCACCCAAAUCACCUGGGCAAGACAACCCAGGUGCGAAAGACAGUGAUUCUGAAGGGAAGAGCUAGCGAGUGGAGAAGCAAGAGUUCAGGCGAGGUCACAGCCACAAGCACCUGGCCCUAGGGACCAGCAGAAAGGCUCUUCUGAUUGACCAUCGGAUCUGGCCUAAGUGACAGCACCUAGGAGGCUACCACUAAGAAGACCUCGUGGAGAUCCCUAAACCAUGACCCAGACGGUCAACGAAAGGGAAGAUCCCCUCAAUCUGGGCGGAGGCGGUUGGGCAUCCUCCAUUCCAUUGCACACUUGGUCCUCCUACCACCGAAGGCAGAGGGGUUCUCAGAUGUCCAAGCGGCGUUACCGUGAUGGCACCAAAGCUGAAUAUGAGGCUCCCAGGAAACAACCGAAGCAACAGCAUAGCCCUGGCCCAUGGUUCCAACCGCCCAGAGGGCCCUAUUGGGCGGUGUACUCCAACUGGGGACGCUGCGGAGAGCCCUGGCGCCCACCUCUGAUGGCAUUCCAGAGCCCCCUGUGCCCAGCGCAGAUGAUCCGAGCCUAUGGUCUGCAACCGGUCUGCCUUUGCUGCUGUUGCUGCUGGAGCGGACACUGGAACCCCUGUUGGGAGAGACCCCCUGGCAGAAAGAAGCGCUGGGGACGCAGGGGCCGUGGCCUGCGCCGCCACCCUCGUCGCUCCUUCCCGAGGAGCCCACCAAUAGACCUGAGCAAGCUGCUGCGGCCAGUCAACCUUUACGGGUGGCGGGCGCCUGGGAUGAGAGCGCCUCGGAACACCACUCAGUUUAUCAUGAACCAGGUCUAUGAAGACAUGAGGCAGCAAGAGAAGAUGGAGCGCCAGCAGGCGGUGUUGAGAGCUCAGCAAGCCCAGGCCGGUGGCACCACGCCGGGAGGCUCCACCGUCAACAAGGGGCCUCAUGGCGGCGUCGAGGUAGAGGACAGAUUGCCUGAAGAUCUGUAUGGCUUAAUGCAGGAUCCCUCUCUAACCUUCAGUCCCGCUCCAGUGCAGCAAAUCCAGUCUCCCACCCCACAGCGGGAAGAGGAGGAGGAGAAAAACGAUGAUGAGUGUGGAGAGGUGUGUGAUGAAAAGGAGGAGAGCGAGGAGGAGGAGGACGAGGAGGAUGGAGAGGCAGAGGAUGAAGAUGUGGAUGAGGAGGAAGUUGACGAGGCUGACAAUAUGGAAGAAGGAGAAGAGGACCAAGAAGAGGAGGAUAUGUUGGAAGAGGAGGGGCUGGAGGAGGGACAGCAGAGAGAGGAAGACAAAUUCUUGCCUCUGGGAAUGCCUUUGUCAAUCCUAGUAGGGGACGAAGAGGAAAGAGAGAACUUCAUAAACUACGACUUAUUAAGCCGAGAACAAAUAAUUCCCAACGUGCCAGAGGCAGAUCUGUUUAUGGUACCGGACAUUAGCUGUUAGCCUUCAGAAAGGGAAUUGAGAAACAAAAAGGAACUGAUUUGAGGCUAAUGGGGAUUAACAACUUAUUAAAUGCAAAUUCAAAAGCGAGUUCCAUUAAUAAACAUCAGUGUAAACACCUUCGUUGGCCACUAUAAAAUAUUUAAACAUUGGUGUGUUUGUGUAUGACUGUGACGGGUGGGGGAAAGAAAGAUUUCAGAUAUAUUUUAUUGGAAAUGAUUAAAGGCCAAAUAUUUUAUUA